AUCGGUGUCAUGUUUGUAUGUUAAUAGGUAAAUGAGGCCGGAGCUAAGCGGUGGAAACCACCAAUCAGCGGCGUCGGAUCCGUACGUCAAUAAAGGGGGGGGCGGUGUCACCAGUGCAUAUCUAAUGAGCCGUGACGUCAGCGCGCUGACAGACGGCUGGUGGGUGGGGGAAGGGCACGCGGUCAUGGCGGCGGUGGCGGCAGCUCAGACUCAGACGGUGAUCGGCAGCAUCAAGACGGAGGAGAUGGAGACCGAGGAGGAGGAGGCGGCCUUCCGCAACGGCAUGAAAGUGUCCGUCGGCGGCGGCGGCGGCCUGUUGGUCGAAGUGAAGCGAGAGCCCGGCCUCGACGAAUCUCCUCCUCCGCCGCCGCCUCUGCCGUCCCGGCAGCAGCGCCGAGGCUCGGAGCCUCCGGAGCGAUCGCCGCCCGGCGGCGCCGGCCGGCACUGCAGCGGCGCGGGGCAGUCCUCCAGCGCCAACAAUCCCCCCGGCGGCCGCGAGCAAGAGGUGACGGUGGAGAUCGGAGCCACCUACCUGUGCAGGAGGGCGGACAACAGCUGGCACUCGGCGGAGGUGAUCCAGUCUCGACUGAACGAGCAGGAAGCCCGCGAGGAGUUUUACGUGCAUUACGUGGGCUUCAACCGCCGGCUGGACGAAUGGGUGGACAAGAACCGCCUGGCUCUGACCAAGACGCUGAAAGAGGCGGUGCAGAAGACCAGCGACCAAUACAUGAGCGAGCUGUCCGACCAGCCCGAGCGCAAGAUCACCCGCAAUCAGAAACGCAAGCACGACGAGAUCAACCACAUCCAGAAGACCUAUGCCGAGAUGGAUCCCACAACAGCAGCACUGGAGAAGGAACAUGAAGCGCCUUUCGACAGAUCUGCUGAGCUCCUCGCUGUCCGUUCACAGUGCCAGUGGCGACAGCCACCCGGGAAAGAGAUCUAUCGCAAGACCAACAUCUCUGUGUAUGAGGUGGACGGGCGAGACCACAAGAUUUACUGUCAGAACCUGUGCCUGCUGGCGAAGCUGUUCCUCGACCACAAGACCCUCUACUUUGACGUCGAACCUUUUGUUUUCUACAUCCUGACCGAGGUUGACCGACACGGGGCGCACAUCGUGGGCUAUUUCUCCAAGGAGAAGGAGUCUCCCGAUGGGAAUAACGUCGCCUGUAUUUUAACCCUCCCUCCGUAUCAGCGCAGGGGCUACGGAAAAUUCCUCAUUGCGUUCAGUAAGUGAGUGUAUCCAUGGAUA